CGCCGGCGGAAUUUUUUUCAAAAUUCAAACGGCCCUUGGUUGGUGGAGACGGAAGCUUUGGUUUUGGCGGCUGUUUUCGUGUGCAGUUGUGCAGUUUACUUAAAGUUGGGCGCUGGAUCUCGUCUAGAAGCCGUGAGAAAGGUUAUAAGCAUGAAGCGCAGUUCAGUCUCCACUGGUGGUGCCGGCCGCCUCUCAAUACAGGAGUUGAGAUCCCUGGACCUCAAUAAACCAGGCCUUCAUACCCCUCAAACCAAAGAGAGAACAACCUUUGGAAAGCCGAGUACAAACAAACCCACAUCUGAAAGAAAAGUCUCAAUAUUUGGUAAAAGGACUAGCGGACAUGGAUCCAGGAAUAGUCAACUUGGUAUAUUUUCCAGUUCUGAAAAAAUCAAGGAUCCGAGACCACUUAAUGAUAAAGCAUUCAUUCAGCAGUGUACUAGACAGCUCUAUGAGUUUCUUAUAGAAAAUGGUAAUGUGCAUGGUGUAUCCAUGAAGUCUCUGCAAGCCCCAUCAACCAAAGAUUUCCUAAGGAUCUUUGCCUUUCUUCAUGGCUUCCUGAGCCCGUCAUAUGUACUUCCUGAUACAAAAUUUGAAGAAGAGGUCCCAAGAAUUUUUAAAGACCUUGGGUAUCCCUUUGCACUGUCCAAGAGCUCCAUGUACACAGUGGGAGCCCCUCAUACCUGGCCUCACAUUGUGUCAGCCUUGCUGUGGCUCAUAGACAGCAUCAAGGUUCAUACUGCCAUGAAAGAAAGCCUACCUUUAUUUGAUGAUGGGCAGUCUUGGGGAGAAGAAACUGAAGAUGGAAUUAUACAUAAUAAGUUGUUUUUGGACUACACCAUAAAAUGCUAUGAGAGUUUCAUGACUGGCGCUGACAGCUUUGACGACAUGAAUGUGGAGCUGCAGUCGAAGCUAAAGGAUUUAUAUAAGGUAGAUGCGUCCAAGCUGGAGUCAUUAGCAGCAGAAAUCAAAGCAUUAAAUGAAGAGAUUGCAAGAUUGGAGCAAGAAAGAGAAAAAGAACCGAAUCGUCUGAUGUCAUUGAAGAAGCUGAGAACUUCCUUGCAAGCAGAUGUUCAAAAGUAUAAGGCAUACUUGAGCAAUUUGGAGUCACAUUCAUCCAUUCUAGACCAGAAAUUAAGUGAUCUUGAUGAAGAGAUUGGUAGAGUGGAACUAGAAUGUGAAACGGUAAGACAGGAGACCACUCGGCUACAGAAUAUUGUUAACAACCAGAAGUAUUCAGGUGCAGACAUUGAGAGAAUAAAUCAUGAAAAAAAUGAAUUGCAGCAGACCAUUAAUAAAUUAACCAAAGACCUAGAAGCUGAACAACAACAGAUGUGGAAUGAAGAGUUAAAAUACGCCAGAGGCAAAGAGGCGAUUGAAGCACAGUUAGCAGAGUACCACAAGUUGGCUAGAAAACUAAAGCUUAUUCCCAAAGGUGCUGAGAAUUCCAAAGGUUAUGACUUCGAAAUUAAGUUUAAUCCUGAAGCUGGUGCCAAGUGCCUUGUCAAAUACAGGGCUCAAGUGUAUGUACCUCUCAAAGAACUCUUAAAUGAAAAUGAAGAAGAAGUUAACAAAGCUCUAAAUAAAAAGAUUGGUCUCGAGGAUUCUUCAGAACAGCUGAGCACCAUGAAGACAGAAAGCAGAAAAAUCGUGAGGAUGCUGAAGGAAGAGGUUCAAAAGCUGGACGAUCUGUACCAACAAAAAGUUAAGGAAGCUGAGGAAGAAGAUGAGAAGUGUGCCAGUGAGCUUGAAUCCCUGGAGAAACAUAAGCACCUGCUGGAGAGUGCUGUGAACGAGGGCCUCAGUGAAGCCAUGGAUGAGUUAGAUGCUGUCCAGCGGGAAUACCAACUAGUUGUACAAACCGUAACUGAAGAAAGGAGAAAAGUGGGAAAUAACUUACAGCGUCUUUUAGAGAUGGUUGCUACACAUGUAGGGUCUUUGGAAAAACAUCUUGAAGAACAGAUUGCCAAAGCUGACAGAGAGUAUGAAGAAUGCAUGUCUGAAGAUCUCUUGGAAAAUAUCAAAGAGAUUGCAGAGAAGUUUAAGAGUAACGCUGCUCUAUUUAAGGCUCCUGAUGAAGGAAGAUAAAUUAAUGGUGGCUAUCUUUUAUCCUUCAUAAGCUUAACAUUAGCUUAAAAUAUAUCCCAUAAUUAUGAUA